GAGACGGUGCACGUCUGGAUCCGCGAGCAUUUCCACUAUGGGACUGGAUACAAACACACACCCGGCAGACUUCGGCAGCCCCAGACCGAGGAGAAGGCCUUCCCCGCUGCUGCUGCCGCUGCUUGUGAGGGUCCCCGCCGUUCAUGGUUCUUCCUGCCAACCCCGAGGCACCUUCGCUGCGGCCGCCUUUCUCUUUGGUGUCAUUCAACGGCUGGCCAGAGGAUGAGACUCCCCAAACUCCUCUUUUUCUUGCUUUGGCACCUGGCUUGGCUGGACCUGGAAUUCAUCUGCCCUGUGUGGGGUGCCCCUGACCUGGGCCAGAGACCCCAGGGGGCCAGGCCAGUACUGACCAAAGCAGAAGGCAAGGAGAGGACCCCUUUGGGCCGGAACAUCUUCAGGCCGGGGGGUCACAGCUAUGGUGGGGCGUCCACGCAUGCCAGGGCCAAAGGGGGCACUGGGCAGGCAGGAGGCCUGACACAGCCCAAGAAGGAUGAGCCCAAAAAGCUGCCCGCCAGAUCGGGUGGCCCGGAGCCCAAGCCAGGGCACCCUCCUCAGACCAGGCAGGCGGCCACGCGGACGGUGACUGCCAAAGGACAGCUUUCUGGGGGGAAGGCUCCCCUCAAGGCAGGAUCUGUCCCCAGCCCCUUCCUGCUGAAGAAGGCCAGGGAGCCUGGGCCCCCUCGAGAACCCAAGGAGCCAUCCCGCCCGCCCCCCAUCACGCCCCACGAGUACAUGCUCUCGCUGUACAGGACGCUGUCUGAUGCUGACAGGAAGGGCGGCAACAGCAGUGUGAAGUCGGAGGCCGGCCUGGCCAACACCAUCACCAGCUUUAUUGACAAAGGGCAAGAUGACCGAGGUCCUGUGGUCAGGAAGCAGAGGUACAUGUUUGACAUCAGUGCCCUGGAGAAGGAUGGGCUGCUAGGGGCUGAGCUGCGGAUCCUGCGGAAGAAGCCCUCAGACACAGCCAAGCCGGUGGCCCCUGGCAGUGGGCGGACUGCCCAGCUAAAGCUGUCCAGCUGCCCCAGUGGCCGGCAGCCGGCAGCUCUGCUGGAUGUGCGCUCUGUGCCAGGCCUGGACAGCUCUGGCUGGGAGGUGUUUGACAUCUGGAAGCUCUUCCGAAACUUUAAGAACUCGGCCCAGCUGUGCCUUGAGCUGGAGGCCUGGGAACGGGGCCGGGCCGUGGACCUUCGUGGCCUGGGCUUCGACCGAGCCACCCGACAGGUCCACGAGAAGGCCCUGUUCCUGGUGUUUGGCCGCACCAAGAAACGGGACCUGUUCUUUAACGAGAUCAAGGCCCGCUCGGGCCAGGAUGAUAAGACCGUGUAUGAGUACCUGUUCAGCCAGCGGCGGAAACGGCGGGCACCCUUGGCGACGCGGCACGGCAAGCGGCCCAGCAAGAACCCCAAGGCCCGCUGUAGUCGCAAGGCACUGCACGUCAACUUCAAGGACAUGGGCUGGGAUGACUGGAUCAUCGCCCCCCUUGAGUAUGAGGCCUUCCACUGCGAGGGGCUGUGCGAGUUCCCCUUGCGCUCCCAUCUGGAGCCCACAAACCAUGCUGUCAUCCAGACCCUGAUGAACUCCAUGGACCCUGAGUCUACACCGCCCACCUGCUGUGUGCCCACCAGGCUGAGUCCCAUCAGCAUCCUCUUCAUUGACUCAGCCAACAAUGUGGUUUAUAAGCAGUAUGAGGACAUGGUCGUGGAGUCUUGUGGCUGCAGGUAGCACACUGGCCCUCUGCCUCCAGAGUCGGGUUGCAAGGGCCCCUCCUGGCUCUUCUAGAAUCAUCGUGGGGUGGGGGUGGGGGUUGGGAAGCUGCAACCCCAGGGCAUCUACACGACCUGCAU